AUGGCCGACUCCGCAAUGGGGUUUUAUCAGGCACAAGGUGACUUGGUUAUUGAAAGGUUCACCAAUCUUAUCGAUUCGUAUAGUCCAGAUGGCGAUGAGUUCCCUUACGACACUUGUCUUGAUGACACAUUCUCUAUCGAGCGAGUCAACUUGAAAAAAAAUCAAUUGAACCAGCUCCAAACCAAUCUUCUACCGCUGCUCAGCCGCCAAGUCACACUUCUCGCAGGAUUACUCGACCCCUACAUUUUACAGAGCAAACCAGGCUCAACAUUCAAGUUAAUUCUAGGGAUCCAAUCUGAUUUCAUCUACCCGAACCGAUGA